UCUGUGCAGACUUUUAAGCCCGUGGAUGCGUAACUUGGUGACGUCUUUUCCGGCUGAGUUCACGCAGACGAUGAAUUUGGACAGGUUUUCCACAGAAUCAGCAGGUGUCUGCGUAACGUGAACGGAAACACGUUAUCCGCAACAGCCAGUCUCAAAAUCAGAACAGAGCCAGGAAAGCAUAAGAUGACAAAGAAACUGCUGAUUGAUGUUGACUGCGGUGUGGAUGACGCCCAGGCGAUAAUGAUGGCCCUGGCAGCUCCUGAUGUGCAGAUCCUGGGGAUAACCUGUGUUCAUGGAAACACUUCCAUUGACAAUGUCUGCAAAAAUGUGCUCAGAGUUCUCAAAAUUUGCAAGAGGCUUGAGAUUCCUGUGUUUCGCGGUGCAUCUGCACCGAUUCUUUCGGACUCCCUGAAUGCUGGCCAUUUCCAUGGGGAGGAUGGCUUGGGUGACUUUCCAGACCCGGAGGCACCGGGAUUGGACCUGAUCCACAAAGAACGAGCAGUGGAGGCCAUGAUAAGGAUCGUCACUGAACAUGAGGGGCAGGUCUGUCUUGUUGCUACUGCACCGUUGACUAACCUUGCUCUGGCAGUAAAGAUUGAUCCAAGUUUUCCUAAGAAACUGAAGAGUCUUUUUAUUAUGGGAGGAAACAUGGAAUCAAGAGGAAACACCACAAUCUGUGGAGAGUUUAACUUUGCAGCAGAUCCAGAAGCGGCCUACAUCGUCUUGAAAGAUUACGUGUGCCCUACAUACAUUGCCACGUGGGAAUACACUUCUCAUCACAAACUCUCCUUGGAUUUCUGUCAUAGUUGGAUGGACCAGAACACAGAAAAAGCCAGAUUCAUGAAGAACAUAUUUGCCUACAGUAUGGAGGUGAUAAAAGGUGAUAGGAUUAAAAAGGAGAUGAUUGGUGGUGAUGGCUUUCUGUCUUGUGACUCCUAUGCCAUGGCUGCAGCGAUUGAUGAAAAAGUUGUUACAGAAUAUAUCGAGUGUGCAGUAUCUGUGGAGCUGUCAGGAAAAUUAACCAGAGGGAUGAUGGUCCUAGAUACCCUGGAUCUACUUAAGAAGAAGCACAAAGCCUUUGUUAUGAAAACAUGUGAUUUAGAAAAGUUCCAGUGUCUACUAAUGGCAGCCCUGAAAUGACUAAUUUUUUUCAAAUUCUCCAUCUAGUCCUUUUGUAAGAAUGCAUGGAAAGUAAUAAGUCAGGAAGUUUGGCCAUAUUGAUUAUUUGGCAAUUCAAUUAGGUUUUGAAUUCAAAUCUAAUUUUAACAGAUUAAUUGUUUUCUUUAGUAUUUGGGGAUCUAAAAGUAAUUGAUUUUAACAUAGUAAUUCCACAAAUCAUUGCCAUUUGUGUACUUCCAUUAGCUACAUUGAUGCAGUUUUAAAAGAAACACAUGUAUUUUAAUUUUAAAACAUGAUAUAUUACUUUAUUACAGGAAGCUUUCCUUUUCUAUGCCUUAUUCUCGGGUUAUCGGUUUGCACUUGCACUUGGGUCAUUUCACCCCAGCAGUGUCUUCUGGGUCACAGCAUGUUACUGACUGACAGCAUGUCAGUCAAUAGGGGAAGCAGCUGUUUGUUUGGACCUAAUAUAUUGUUUUUCUGUACAAGUACUCUGCCAAUUUUGUGUAAUUCUGGUUUUAACAGGGCAGGGCCCCUCUGCCUUUUAUAUUGGCAAGUAUAUUUUGAGGUGUUCUACUUUCAUGUUUCAUAUGGUGGACUAUUAUUUCUUAGCAGACACCCUUAUCCAGGGCGACUUACAAUUGUUACAAGAUAUCACAUGAUUUUUACAUACAAUUACUAAAAAACUAUCUUGAAUCUCAAGUUUGUAUUUUUUUAUUUUUUUUAUUUUAAUUGUUAAUAAAAUCAGUCACAUGAAGAAA